AUGGCCAACAAUGUCAAUUGUAUGCCACAGGGCCUUGUUGACAGAGCUGACCUCACCAACUGUCCCACAACCUACUCUCUCCUUGCGUCGAUUGCUAUCUUCAACGCCGAAGUAGCCCUACUGUCCUUGAUCUUUGGCCACGAGCGAGUCCGCAGAGCCGUUGCCCGGUACAGCUGCUUUCCCAGCGCUCGGUGGACACCUUUUGCGGGUGUUGUCACAGCCAUUAUAUCUAUCGCGGCCAUGUUUGCUGCUACCUACCUUCUCCGAAACAAUGGCUUUCGUCCCAAUGCCUUCAUGCUCUUCGGCUUCUGGACCAUGCGACCCCGAGCCACCGUCUUUACGCUCCUAUACUUUAUCAUCGCCCGCGUGUGCUUUGGCCAAAAGGGAAACCAGAAUACUUAUUUGUGGUCGCUUAAGGACCAUACAGUUGAGGACACACUGCUCAACAUAUUCAGUCUGCCUUUUGCGCUCUGGUAUAUCCUGCAUCGACCCGAUAAUUUGAGCGCUGGUGUCUGUUCAGACAACACCUCAUACCUGCGCUUCUGGAAUUCCUUCUAUGCCAUCGCCGGUGCCGGUGCAAUCAGUGUGCUCCUCGGGGUGGUUAUGUUGGGCCACGCCUGUUCGAGGAGCAGGAAGGAGCGCGCCAAUGGCAUCAUGUAUAACAUGGUUGGGUACAUCGAUGCGGAUUCACCGCUGUCGACAUUCUGGAGAUUCGUCUUUACUGUUGCCGGCAUCACCAUGGUCGGCGUCUUUGCAACGAAUUGGGUCAUCUGGAGCACAUUCGUCAUCAACGCGGGAACCGACUUCUGUCCCGGCAGCGUCGUCGGGGAAGGCGUUGCCUGGGGUGUCGCCCUCUUCGCCAACGCCCUAGUCCGACCUCUGAUCGGAGGACCCGACUCUUCAUGA